GCUUUGGGGCAAAUGGAGAAUCAAGUGACAAUAGUUCACGUAACUCUCUCUCCUUAACUUCCCAAGAUAACGUUGGAAACAAAGGCUCAAGGAGAGGGAGAAACAAGGCAGAGAUGGGCAAGACGAACGUCCUGAUCACGUUCCUCCUCGGCCUCCUCGUUUCAGCCGCGCCAGCGACGCCAGCGACGCCAGCGACGCCAGCAGACGCCGGCCGCCCCUGGGAGACGCACCUGAACCAGGUGACACCGAGCGCCUCCAGCGAGGUCCAGGCCGACGCUGUCAAGGGCCUCAUCCAGCGGCUGCUUCCUGACCGCGCCGAGGACUUCAUGGUGACCGUAGACCCCUCGAUAGGACCUCAGUUGAAGGACACUUUCAUGGUAACUUCUCCCGGAGUGAACGCAACGGUGGACAUCGUCGGCACCUCGGGCGUUGCCGCUGCCUCGGGCCUUCUGCAUUACCUCAAGUACUCCUGCAAUGCGCAUGUCUCCUGGGAGGCCGAUCAGCUGGAUCUGCCGGAUGCCCUUCCGGCUGCCCAGAUCAAGGUCACUUCUGUAGACAGGUUCCGCUACUACCAGAACGUGUGCACCGUGUCCUACUCCAUGGCGUGGUGGGGCUGGGCGCGGUGGGAGAGGGAGAUCGACUGGAUGGCCCUGAACGGCAUCAACCUCCCCCUGGCGUUCACGGGCCAGGAGGCCAUCUGGCACCGCGUCUACACGGCCCUGGGACUCACGCAGGAGGAGCUGGACGAGCAUUUCUCCGGCCCCGCGUUUUUCGCCUG